CUUGUUGAAACCAACAAAAUUGGGAAUUAAAACUCUCCGAACAAACUCCAAACUGGGAUUAGAACCCUAGAAAGAGAAAUGUCGGCGAACGAAAUACCCGACGAGCUAUGGAGAAAGAUUCUAGAGAUUGGCGUGAAGUCCUCUGCUUUCUCCUACAAAGAUCUCUGCUGUAUCUCCAUCACCUCUCGCCGUCUCCGCCGUUUGUCCUCCGAUGAUUGCUUCUGGGACCUUCUUCUCUUCCAUGAUUUCCCAACCCACAUCAUCUCUGCUUCCUCUUCUCAAUCUCCAACCAAGUUUAUCUACAAGACUAGGUUUGAGAGGGAUAAGGAGAGGAAAUUAGCUGCCCAUAGGAGAGCUUUACUCAGGAAGGAGAGUGAGAUUUCUGAAUGGAGACGGAGAAUUCGUGAAUUGGAGUCUCGGUUAUCAGAAGAGGCUGAUAGAUUACAGUCUGCUUCUCUGGAGUUUUCUAAUUUGCACAAAGUGAGGCAAGCAUCGGUUGCUUUAAAGGUUUGGCAGCCAGAGGUCGUACGUGGCAGACAAAAACAAUUGGUUGAGCAAAACGCUGUUCCUGUUGAGGGUCGUCUGCGUGCACUUGAGAUGGAGAUAAAGUUAUGCAAGCAGCAAAUCAUGGGUGUGAAUAGACAACUUAGGGAGGUAAAACACCGAUUUGACAUAGCCAUAAAAGAGCUAGAAUCCAUGAAGUAUCAUCCUUUACGAGAUUACAAGCCGAUACGUAGUGGAGACCAAGGAAGUACUAGCAAGACGAAGAAGUUGAAAACGAGCAUUAACUAUAGUGGAGACCAAGUGAGUAAUAGCAAGAGGAAGAAGUUGAAAACAAGCAUUAACUGUAAGUUCAUAAACAUUUCUCACUUUUCUUCUUGUACUGGUGUUGCCUGUUCUUACUGUCCAAAUAUUCUCCCUGAGAAUGUUCCUGAAAAUCUUCUUGUUCUUCAAAGUGUGACACAAUGCAAUGUGGAAGAGUUUUAUGCCGAUAUGGACUGUUUGAAAGUAUGACAUGGAGCAAUAUAGUUGCAAACCUCAAUGAGUAAUUUAACAGCAAACGAUGGAUGUUUAAUGUUUGAACUUAUAGAUUUACUUGUUAAUCUUCGUUAUCUUAUCAGUGGUAUCGAUUAUGAGUUCCUUUUUAAUAUACUUACGAACACUUGUUGCCUGGAUUCCGCUAAAGCAGUUCCAGCAAUACACAGAAACGAGGACAAGCUGUUACACUCAGAAUCAGAAUGAUGGUUGGCUGCCACAGAACGCUGAGAGUAGUAGUAGUUGUUGUUUCGUAUCCAAUUAGAUUUGCAGGAAUAAAGCUGAAAUUUUGUCACAGAAGAUAAUGUGGUCUACUUUUGUAAGUUUUGGUUGAUAUGUAGGUGUUACAAUAUCAUGAAUGAAGAUAAAUUUGUUUCAGAAGCUAAGACCGGCUUGUCUGUAUCAAAAGCUCUGUUCUUAUUUACCUUGGCGUUUUUUGUU